AAUGAGUAUUGGAUGAUAACGAGUAUUAGUAGCGGAUCAACACUAAUCACACCCUUUUCAACACUAUCUACAUACAACAAAUUCCGUUUCACUUCCACUAAACUCACGAUCCAAUAUACUUAUAAAUACACACCUAACCACAUGCAAUCAAAAACACAUCUUUUUCUCUUCAAUUGUUUUUUCGUGUGAUCGUUCGAUUUUGUGCGUUGUUGCUAUGGAUAUCGAUCUUUCUCCUCAGGUUGCCAAGAAAGUUUACGGUGGCGAUGGUGGAUCGUACUACGCUUGGUCACCUUCUGAGCUUCCUAUGUUGCGUGAAGGUAACAUUGGUGCUGCCAAGUUAGCGCUUCAGAAGAACGGUUUUGCUGUUCCGAGAUACUCUGAUUCUUCCAAGGUUGCUUAUGUUCUUCAAGGAAGUGGAGUUGCUGGAAUUGUGCUACCUGAAUCAGAAGAGAAGGUUGUUGCAAUUAAGGAGGGUGAUGCUUUAGCACUUCCCUUUGGUGUUGUGACAUGGUGGUAUAACAAAGAUGACACUGAGUUGGUUGUUCUGUUCCUCGGCGAUACUUCUAAAGCACACAAGGCUGGUGAGUUUACUGAUUUUUUCCUGACUGGUCCUAAUGGAAUCUUUACCGGAUUUUCAACUGAAUUUGUCGGAAGAGCUUGGGACUUGGAUGAGAACAAUGUGAAGACACUCGUUGGAAAGCAAUCCGCUAAAGGGAUUGUGAAGCUUGACGGAAAAAUCAGCCUUCCUCAGCCUAAAGAGGAACAUAAGAAAGGCAUGGCUUUGAAUUGUCUGGAGGCACCAUUGGAUGUUGAUAUUAAGAAUGGUGGAAGGGUUGUUGUCUUGAACACCAAGAACCUUCCUUUGGUUGGUGAGGUUGGUUUAGGAGCUGAUCUUGUGAGGAUUGAUGGAAGAUCCAUGUGCUCUCCUGGAUUCUCUUGCGAUUCUGCUUUGCAGGUUACUUACAUUGUUAGGGGAAGCGGCCGUGUUCAGGUUGUUGGUGUUGAUGGUAAGAGAGUCUUGGAGACCACUUUGAAGGCUGGAGAUUUGUUCAUUGUGCCGAGGUUUUUCGUUGUCUCAAAGAUUGCUAACAAUGAUGGAAUGGAGUGGUUCUCUAUCAUCACUACCCCUAAUCCUGUAUUUACACACAUGGCUGGAAGUUCUUCGGUGUGGAAGGCGCUAUCACCAACAGUUCUGCAGGCUGCUUUCAAUGUUGAUCCAGAAGUUGAGAAGCUCUUCCGUUCAAAGAGGACCGCUGAUGCCAUUUUCUUCCCUCCUCCAAAUUAAAGUAGAAUGGAAAUAAGUUUUUAGUUUUUUUAAUGGCAUUGCAAAUAAGCUUUACUAAGCCGUUAUAGAUAAUAGUUUUUUCUUUCUUUCUACUUUAUUAAGUUUCUACACUUCUAUUUUGGAUUUAAAAGAAAUUGAAUGAUUGCCUCAAUUUAUUUUUGGGGAUGACCUCUCUUUUGAUCUGUCUUUAAUAUUUA